GCAGUCGCUCGGUUGGCCGGUGGAUCAUUCGCUGCCACUUGCCAGUGAGCUGCUAGUCAUUGCGACGAUCGUACGUAUUUGUUACACUGUGUGUAGGGCGAUGUGGCAUUGGUUGUGCUUGAGAGAAGAAUCUUGUCUCCCUUUCUGACCCACUGGGAAGCACUGCAGGAACGAAGGAAAGUAUUUUUUACUUUAUAAGUAUAUUUUGGGAAUUUUCUUUUCAUCCGAAGUGUUAAUUCAAUGAAGGAAAUAUAUUUCGAAGUGAUUAUUAGACUUUACGUUUUCAGUUAAUAUAGUAGACUUCACUGUUCAAGGUUACUGUUCAAUAUCGAUAAAUACACGGAGAGUGGUAAACAUUUUUAUGCUUGAUUCAAUCAGCUGUGAUCAAAGCUAUGUUACUAGGAAGUAUAUGUUUGCAUUUUGCCAACGUUCCUAGAGUGAAACAGGAAAGUAACCAUCGUCACUCUAAUAAAGUGCUAAUGAAAACGGAUACCUCAUGCAAAAUAAAUUUCGCCUCCCCGUGCAGGGCCGAGAAUUGAGUAAUUUACAGAAAUAUCACAACUAAUGUUGAUUUAUAGUCGACGAUUACUCGUGAAUCGAAAUCCAAUGAUACGCUCUAUUUCGUUUCAUAUUGCACAAACGAUGUAAUUCUAAUUCUCUGAAUAAUGAAAAUAGAAAUAUAAUUUUCUUUUCAGCAGUCGCUUUGAGCAAGCUUAUACCAGAGUCAUCUGGUUGUGUUUACAUAAAUACAGCUGUUUUAGGCACGGAGGUGAAGGUCGUCAUCGUGAUACUGUAGCACAGCUGUGAAGCCGGUCUUCAACGGCCCCCUUCAGGACCUGUUGAUCUAAAGUAACAAGACUGAUCAAUAUCUACAGAGUGAAAUGGAUGAUGCUAAAGAGCUGCCCACGAAUCUGUUGGAAAACUCCAUUGCAUCCACCAGGUCUUCUUCAUCUACGAUCCCCACUACACCCUCAUUACAUUAUACUGCAAAAGAGUCACCAGCUAAAACUGUCCGUAGGGGCUACAAACGCACAAAGCAAGCCCGGACAUUCCCGGCUUGGCAUUUGCUGUUGAAAUCUUACGAGAUGAAAAAAUUGAUCUCGAACACUUUUUUCGGCAUCGAUGAUGACGAAGAUAUCGGUAUGAACCGGAAGACUACGAUUCCGUCCAUCCGUCAGCGAAAUUCGCAAAUACACGCAUUGGAGAAUAUGGACCACAAUGAGGAGGAGGAAAAACUACACGAACUUCAUUCGUCGCUGAAACGAGCAAAGAUGCCAAAAAAAUCGGGAAUCUCUUUUGGCGAUGAAGGCCUGCGUAAACGGGGCCGAUCCACGCACCACGAGAAGCAUACUUCAGAUCCGAGCAGCAGUACCAACGAGGACGAGAGUAGAUUUGGAGAGUCGUUUAUGGUUUUAGAAUUCGCCGAGAAUGCCGAGACUGACACGAUCCAGUGGAUCAUCGACAAGAUUCAGGGAAAGAGGGUCGAUGGAGGUGCGGAGCUACUGGUGCGAAAGGAGCCGUUAACCAAAGAAACGCAAACCCUAAACUUGCACAUCUCAGCCACCCAAAUGAAGUUCCUCGAAAUCGCAGACGAUAUGGGCUUCAUGAAGCAAACCAAGACUGGAAUCAUUAGAAAUUUUAACGUCGCCUGCUUGGAUGACUUCUUCUACGACGAAACAAUGGCCGUGGAGGACAUCCUGACGUCGGCCGAUCGCCAAAUCAUUAUCAAAUAUGCUUUGGAAAACAUCAGAACCUUUGAACACGAACACCACAUCCCCGGGACCAAAGUUCAGCUUUACCACGGCCAGUCAAUCAUUCAAGCAGCCCAACAGGCCGAGAUCAUAACCCACUUUUACUCGUUACACGACAAAUCUAAACUGCGCAAACUACGACACGUGUGGAUAAAACCGACCAAACCACAGCCGAUUGACGAGAUACGAGAUUACUUUGGUGAAAGUGUCGGCAUGUACUUCUCCUUCCUCGGUUUCUACACGUACGCUCUGAUAUUCCCAACCGUGCUUGGUCUUCUACAGAUGGCUCUAUCCGAAGAAACGGAGACUGUCCCGUUCUUCUGUAUAUUCUACGUCGCUUGGAUGAAAGUGUUUCUGGAGUUGUGGAAGCGAAAAAGCUCAUCCCACGCGUACCGCUGGGGAACGAUUACAAUGACAAAUCUAGACGAGCCCCGAGUUGGAUACUACGGAAAACUGGGCAGAGAUCCGAUCACCGGCAAAAUGACGCUGCAUUAUCCAAAGUGGAAAACCUACGUACAAAUGUACUUCGUGACGACACCAAUCAUACUUCUGUGCAUUUCGAUUGCCGCAUUUGUGACCAUAUUCCAGUUCUAUGUGGAAAGUUACCUGGCGGAGUUGUACGGACUGGACUCGUACAUCUUGUACGUCCCGUCGAUCGUGAAUGCCAUCUAUAUUGCGAUUUCGACAAUCGCCUACAAUAUGCUAGCGACUUAUCUGACGGACAAGGAAAACCAUCGAACGCAAAGUCAGUACGAACGGCAUCGAGUUAAUAAGUUGAUCGUGCUGGAGUUUGUGAACAAUUUUCUAUGUUUGUUCUAUAUCGCCUUUAUCCUGCAGGACAUGAAAAUGCUAAAAACUCAACUGAUGAUGCAGUUAAUCGUACUUCAAUUCAUCCAGAAUGUGCUCGAAAAUUUAUUCCCCUACAUCAAAAAGAAGGUAGGGCUCAUUUCGACCAAACUGUUCGUGAAAUCAAACUACGAACGGCAACGAAAAGCAUUCGAAGAGUACGAUCAAAUGGGGAUUCAAUCACUGGAUGUGGACGACUAUCGGAUACUUCGAAACAGGAAAGAAUGUAUCCUCGAGGAGUACAAUACGUAUGACGACUACCUGGAACUGUACAUUCAGUUCGGUUACAUGGUGCUAUUUUCGUCAGUAGCACCGAUGACAUCGUUCUGGGCCAUCCUGAACAACGUGAUCGAGAUCCGGCUCGAUGCGUACAAAUUGUGUUCAUUCUUUAAGAGACCCUUUGCUCGACGAACGAAAAAUAUUGGAGCCUGGCAGCUGGCGUUUGAAACGUUGGCCGUCAUUGCCAUUAUGACCAACUGUGGUAUCCUGUACUUGUCGCCACAGAUGAGGGAGUUGGCAACAAAUCUCAGUCCGGAAUCCUACACCAUCACUUUCCUGGUCAUCGAACAUGUUCUGCUCGGACUAACGUGGUUCAUUUACAAGGCCAUUCCUGACACACCGCUGUGGGUGCGAGUGGCACUGGCCCGGGCGGACUACGAGUCUCGACAGGCGCUGAAACGAGAAGACUAGAUAACAAGCCAUAUUACACCAGCCAUGAAAGCAGCAUUUGCGGUUUUGCCAGAUUUUGAUCACAGAGUGCCUUCACUUCACCCUUUCAUCUGAAGAAAGAUGUGUUGUUUUUGGACAUUCUGCCGUGUGUCCAAUCAACAAACUUUCCCCGACUACCAACAUAUUCAGGAAACUUUUCAUAUUUAUACUAUGUAAAAUACACACUUGCUUUACUAACAAUGAAUUAGGCCAUGAAUCCACUAGCAGUGUAACGAGCGUUGUGGUUUGAUCAAUAAGUUUUAACAGAUGUUGCAAUCUAACACUAUAGGCUAGGUUGAUUGAUAUGAAGCAGAGUGUUACUAAAAUAAUCUUACUUAUAAAACAAUGUGAUAAUUCUACGCUCAAAGUUAUUGUUAUAAAAAUACCUAGAUUAAAAGUUGUGACAGCUUUGAUCGUUGAUCGGUCUGUUGACCGCAGCACGGUUUACGCGUGAACGAAACUAAUUACCUUUCUCCAUAUCCAAAAUAGAAUGCCCAGCGCUCUCGAAAUCUACUGUUCAGGCGCUUCCGGAGUGUGUUCGAUACGCAUUCGCUGUUGACCUAGAAGCUCAACAAGUCUAUUUGGCCUACACUUAGAAAUUAUAGUUCAAAUCGAUGGUUCGCUCAAUCUGUGUA